GCGCACCACACGCAGAGCGGACUGCGCGGGCCGGACGAUAGACGCGUUCAAUCAAUGUUGCGUCCUGCCCUCUUCACGGUCGGACGCGGCACGCUGCAACUGCGCUUCUUCUAAUCUGUCGACGCGACUUGGCGAACUUAUCGGUACGCGCAGCAAGAUAACACGACCGCGAUGGAAGUAGAUCUCAGUGAGGCAGCAUCCCUGCCUGAUCUCCUCUCGAAGGAACCCCUCUCGACCGCGCAGCGAGCAUAUCUCACUCAUCUGACCUCCCUCCCCCUCGACAACCUCCUCACCGAGCCCGGCGCGCUCCAAACUCAAGCCCACCACCUCACAUCCAGCCUCACUUCCCUCACCCACACCUCCUAUCCCACCUUCCUCGCCCUCCACGCGACCACAAAAUCCCUCUCCGCCUCCCUCGACACCUUUUCAAAUGCACUCGAUGGCCUGCUCGAUACGAGCCUGCCCGCGCUCGAGGCCGCGGCUGCGAACUGGCACACCCGGACGGACGCUGUCGUCCGCGAGCGCAAUAAGGCACGCGCCGUGCUCGAGCAACACGACAAGCUGCGCGAUCUGCUUGACAUCCCGCUCCUCAUUGAUACCUGCGUGCGCAACGGGUUCUUCGCGGAGGCGCUCCAGCUCGCUGCGCACGCCGAGGCCGCCGCUGCCUCGUCUUCCUCCUCCGCUUCACCGCCACCCCCCAUCCUGCGCUCCGUGCUCGCGGAGGUGCACGCGUCGAUCGCGCAAAUGCUGCGCGCGCUGCUCGCGACGCUGCAUGAGCCGGCACGGAAGCUGCCCGCGCUGUACAAGGCCGUCGCAUUUCUCCGACGCAUGCCUGCGUUCGCGGCGGAUGCGGAGGAUCCUGAGGAGCUGCUCGCACUCGCAUUUCUGAGCGGGCGGCACGCGUGCGUGCGGGCAGCGCUGGAGCCGGUGGCGCGGGACGUGCAGCGGUUGGCGGGCGCGCCGGCGCCGCUGGGCGAGCGGGAGCGGGAGGACUUGACGCGCGGCGUGCGCAAGUAUAUCGAUGUCUGGAGAGAGGGCGUGCACGAUGUGGUGUCGCAGUAUACCAGUAUCUUCCUCCCGACGUCGACCACGACGGCCGCGUCCGCUCCGGCGUCGGAUCCUGCGCCCAUCGUCCAUGCCCAGCUCUCCGCUUACGCCUCGAACGCGCUGAUGACGCAUCUGCUGCCGGUGUUGAGGGUCGCCCUCCCGCAGCUCCCGCUCUCUGCGCUCCCGCCGGUCCUCACACAACUCACAUACUGCGCGACCGCCUUCGCGCGCUCCGGGCUCGAUUUCCGGGCGGCCGUGGCGGGGCUCGCCGCGGAUGCUGUGCGCUCAGCCGUCACGGGCGACUUUGGACGCGCGGCGAGGACGUUCGCGGGCGAGUGUGUGAAGGCGAGGGCCUCGAUGGCGCCGGCUGCACCGACGAGGAGUAGCCUUGAUGGACGGAGGAGUCUGGAUGCGAGAGGCAGUCUCGAUGGGCGGUCGAGCUUAGACUCGCAACGAUACCAGCCGUCGACAUGGCUUGCACCAUCAGGAGCACCAGCACCUCGUCCGGCAGAAAUGCUAGCGGGGCCCGCACAUGUCCCUCCAUCGGCGCUGGCAGCAUACCCACCAUUGGCGACUUUCGCCAACGCCCUUCUGACCGCGUUGAACGGCCUCCGCCUCCUCGCACCCGUCGAGGUGCUACCAGCCUUGCGAUCUUCACUCGACGCCGCGCUUGCAGAGGCAGGCGGUGCGCUAGUGGGGUACGUCGGCGCUGCCGUAGGGCACAAGGAGCGGGACGCAAGUCUGCGAGGAGGCGAGAUGUUCUUCGACGUGCUGGUGCCGUACGUCAGACGGGCGCUCGUGGAAGGCGUGUAUGGGGGAAAGGUGGGGGAGGGGGACUUGGAUGGGGAGUUGGCGGAUGUUAUGCGCGACUGGGAGGCAUGGCGAGCGGCGUCUGUGGUCAGUUCGCCGAUUGAAUAGAUGAGUUCUAAGCUCUGCUGUGUGAUGACGGGCCCUUGCGCGAG